CGCGCUAUUUACUUUUAGGUCUGAAGUCGCGUUCAGCCCCUGCGGCGCCGCGCUGAACGCGUAGCCUCGUCCCCCUCGAGCAGGCCGGCGCCUUAGCGUUGCCCUUUCCUUUCCUUUUUCUCUUUCUUUUCUUCCCCGCUCUAAUUUUGUCGCAGUAGCUCGGUGAAAAACGAAGCGGAGCUGGAGUCUGCAGGGAGCGCUCCACCCUGCCAGCCCGGAGACUUGGGUUUCACGGGGGCUGGCAGCGCAGCUCGGCUUGGAGGCAGCCGGGGGGGAAAGGGAGUAGCUGGGUCACAUAAAAACAAGCCCUCCGCUGCUCGGGGAGCAGGGCUGAAAACCCUUUUCCUAAAGGGAAUCUUCUGCUUCUCCUUCCCGGACAGAAAGGUAGUGAAAAGAAUAGAGGAAAUGGGGCUCAAAAUCUUGUUGUGGCUUUUUGAUUUUUUUUUUUCUUUGAAGAAGAACGGUUUGUAACUCAGAUUCUCAGCUUUGGCCUGCUCACUGGCUGAUAGACGAGUGCCUGCUCCUCUGGACACGUAGGCAUCGGUACAGGGGUAGCGUAGUUUGGAUGCUGUUUGAUGUUUGGGUAUUUACUGCUGGAUUAUGUAAUUUGCCUGCAUUAUUUCUCUGGUGCGCUACAGUAUCACAAGCUACAGCACCUAGUGCAAAACUCUCUGGGACUGAAGCAGUGGUGCGUUCCUCAGGCUUUUAAUUACAUUAAACAAACAUUCCUUUAAUUAAAGGUGUUUGUUUAACAUUCCUCAUGACAGCUCCUGGAAAAACCCACACAUCAGGAGAGAGCAAAGGGGAUGUAGGAUUCUGACUUCUACUGAAUUAGAUCUUAAGCUUUUGUGGUGAGUGGAGGAGAAGCGUUUAGACCAUAUGGCUAUAUAGAAAACCGGCCAAAUGUGAACUGUUGCAGAGCUGGCAGACCGUCGCGGUGCCUCCACUGCUCAGAGCUUUCUUUUUUUUCUAAGCAGCAGCACAGUCAGUUGACAAGAUUACAGAGAGGUUUUUGGAUGCGUGGUCAGGAAAACUUGGAAGUAACAAGUCGUGUUAGUUGUCCUCCGCUGCUGUUGGAGCUACUGGGGGCAGGUAGGCACAGGGGGUGCUCGGAUGGAUGAGGGAUGGUUGCGGAAGGAGUAAUUGAGGUAAUGAAGACGUGGAUUUGUGCUGCAUGGGAAGCUGGGAGAAGUAAUAGAGGCCUUUUUUCCUCAGUAGCUGGGAAGUUUUGAGUUGUGCAGAAGAUCACAGACUUAACGGAUGCUUCAGCUCUGCUUGCACAAAUCUUGUCUUCACAAAAAGCAACCAGCAUUGUCACUGGCACAGGGAUUUGCAGCAGUUAUGAUGAGAGUGCUCAUAUGAAUCAGUGACCUUGAGUAUUUAGAUGGUUUCUUACUUGCAUGUGUGACAUUAAUUGCUUCAUUCACAGACUUCCACUGUUAUUAACAAUGGAAAGCCCUGAAAGUCCAGGACAGAUGAGGCCUUAGUAGUUAUCUGCUGCGUGGAAAAAAACCCAGCUCCUCAGAACUGAGCCUCAUUCACUUCACAUCCUCCAAAUUCUAUACCAAGUGUGCAGGGGUCUUUCGCUGUUACAUGAAGAGCGCUACUGCUCUGCUCCAUCCCUGGACAGAUCCAGAGCGUGUGCUGAGUGAGGAAGGUAGCCUUUGGUAAAAGGAGCAUUGGAAGACUGAACUACAAUAUAUACAUAAAAGGGCUAUAACUGAAGUACAAGAUGGCAAGAACCAGCCACAGCAACUAUGUCCUUCAGCAGCUAAACAACCAAAGAGAGUGGGGCUUUCUCUGUGACUGCUGUAUUGCUAUUGAUGAUAUUUAUUUUCAAGCACAUAAAGCAGUCCUUGCUGCGUGCAGCUCUUAUUUUAGGAUGUUUUUUAUGAACCAUCAACACACUACAGCCCAGCUGAAUCUAAGCAACAUGAAGAUUAGUGCUGAAUGUUUUGAUCUCAUUUUGCAGUUCAUGUAUUUAGGAAAAAUUAUGACAGCCCCUGCCAACUUUGAGCAAUUUAAAGUGGCCAUGAACUAUUUACAGCUGUAUAAUGUACCUGAAUGUCUAGAAGAUAUACAGGAUACAGACUCAUCUAGUUUAAAAUGUUCAUCUUCUGCUUCUAGCACCCAGAAUAGUAAAAUGAUAUUUGGCGUGAGAAUGUAUGAAGACACAGUUGCUAGAAAUGGCAGUGAAGUAAACAGGUGGGGCAUGGAGCCGCCAAGUUCAACAGUAAAUACGUCCCAUAACAAAGAACCUGAUGAAGAAGCUUUGCAGCUAGGCAGUUUCCCUGAACAACUGUUUGAUGUCUGCAAAAAAAGCACCACGUCCAAAUUCUCUCACGCAAAAGAUCGCGUGUCCCAUUCACGCCGUUUUGGAAGAAGCUUCACCUGUGACAGCUGUGGGUUUAGUUUUAGCUGUGAAAAGUUACUGGAUGAGCACGUGUUAACGUGCACUAACAGGCAUUCUUACCAAAGUGCCAGGUACUAUGGUGCUGAAAAAAUUGACUUUAACGAAAAAGACUCUUCUUCUAAAAUACUGUCUGGACAAACGGAAAAAUACAAAGGAGACACAAGCCAAGCUGCUGACGAUUCUUCAUCUCCUGUGUCAAACGUUACCAGCAGAAAAAGCAGCACAGUUGCAUCGGAGACAUCAGGUGAAGAGGGAAGUAGAGCCUCUGAGAGGAAGAGGAUUAUCAUCAAGAUGGAACCAGAGGACAAUCCUGCAGAUGAGCUGAAAGAUUUUAAUAUUAUUAAAGUAACAGAUAAAGACUGCAAUGAGUCUUCUGACAAUGAUGACCUCGACGAUGAACAGGAAGAGCCGCUUUACACAUACUAUGUUGAGGAAGAGAUCAGGGAAAAGAGAAAUGCUCGGAAGACUUUAAAACCCCGUUUAUCCAUGGAUGAGGAUGAAAGAAAGUGUUUAAAAAGUCCACGGCACCUUGGCAGGAAAGCUCCUUCAGUGCAGGAAGAUGUGGAGAAUGCUCCCUGUGAACUUUGUGGGCUAACAAUCACCGAGGAAGAUCUAUCCUCUCAUUAUUUAUCCAAACAUAUAGAAAAUAUAUGUGCUUGUGGCAAGUGCGGUCAAAUACUGGUCAAAGGUAAACAGUUACAGGAUCACGCACAGACGUGUGGAGAACCCCAGGAUCUGACCAUGAAUGGUAUAAGAAAUUCUGAGGAAAAAAUGGACUUAGAAGACAAUGCUGAGGAACAGUCAGAAAUAAGGGACAUGAUGUUUGCAGAGAUGCUAGAGGACUUCAGGGACGGUCAUUUCCAAAUGAACAGUCUUCAAAAAAAACAGUUAUAUAAGCAUUCUGCAUGUCCUUUCCGAUGUCCUAAUUGCGGUCAGCGUUUUGAAACUGAAAACCUAGUGGUUGAACAUAUGUCAAACUGCCUAGAGCAAGAUCUUUUUAAGAAUUCCAUUAUGGAAGAGAAUGAAAGAGAUCACAGACGUAAGCAUUUCUGCAAUCUUUGUGGGAAAGGAUUUUAUCAGCGGUGUCACUUGCGGGAACACUAUACUGUUCAUACCAAGGAAAAACAGUUUGUUUGUCAGACAUGUGGGAAGCAGUUCUUAAGAGAACGCCAGUUGCGGCUCCACAAUGAUAUGCACAAAGGAAUGGCCAGUAGUGAAAUAGGGACUUCUAAGCUUCUGAACAACUGAGAGAACCAGGUUUGAAGAAGACAUGAGGAAGAACCGUUCAGCAAAAGAUUUCUUAAAAACUCAGAACUGUGUGUGCCAGAUCUGAAUUGGCAUCAUCAUUGCUUUUUUGACAUACCACUCGCAAAAGGCGCCAAAGCCAUCAAAUUAGAACACUCAGUAAAAGUUCUUUUGGACUCUUUUCUAUACUAUAAAACUUAUCUCCUUGUGACUAUCAUUUACAUACGUCAAAAACUAAUUGAAGUCUCCUUUCACGGAGCAGACAGCCAAAAGAGGCAGAUGCCAGGUGUUAAGGGCAGCACUCAAAUGAGUUUGCAAAGGUUGUUAAUCAUGCUGGACUGCUCCUUUUCUGAAAUGAGGCUUACUGACUAAAACUGGUCAGACUUUUUAGUUUAAAUAUUAGAAGUGUAUACUGGUGAACUAAAACUUACGCAUUUUCAGACAGUUACAAUGCUAAACUAACAAGUGUUAAAGAAAUAUUUUGUUUUAGUCUGGAGUACAAGGUGAAAAAACCUUGAAAACUGAGCAAAAAGGGUCCCUGAGCAAGGACAGGAUGGUGAGAAAGAUCCAGCUGACUUUGACUCCCCUUGCCACCAUCAUCAUUUGCAAGCUGAAGAGGACCUUCCAUAUCGCACAGUGCUUAAAUGUGGAGAGUAAAGAAACGGUGCUCUGGUCUUUUUACAAGAAUGGUGAAAAAUUGUGACCAACAAGGAGAUGAGUAAAUGUGAAAUAAUCUUCACAGGGCACAGUGUGCACUUUGUUCUGGAUCUAAACCUUGCAAAAGCUGGCUGGAAGAAGAGAAUAAGGCAUUCAUGUUCAGAUUUGAGCAUUUCAGGAAUCCUAGUAUUUCCAGUUAAGCUAAUGGGAAAAAUGCAAAACAAGGCAGUCAAUGUUUCAAAUUCAGGGCCAGCAUGGAUUAAAAAACAGUACUAAUUUCCUUUGCUCCCCCAGACGACAGUGGAUCAGAUAGAGACCUGUAAGCAGACUAAACACGCUGAACUAUAUUCUGCUGUAGUUAUGCAUUUUACUAAUUCUAGUCAUGACUAUAAAAGGAUGUUUCAUUGUUCAGUAUAACUGUUAUCUCAAGAAGAGUCUGUCUAUAAUUUUAUUUGAAAUGGACAUUAUUUUUGUUACUGUUGUUAUAAAGUGUGUAAAAUAUUGUCUGUAUUGCAGCUUGUAUAGGGCAUGUGUCUUUGCUUGCUUUACUCCUUUUGAGUUUAUAAAGUUGCUAUAUAAAUGCAAGAUGGUCAGA